AUGCUCCCGCCCGCGCCGGCCACGAGGCCCAGGGCCGCCGCCGAGCCCAAAGCGCGGACAGCCGCCGAGCGCGAGGCCGGGUGCCCAGCCCCCCCGCCGGAAUCCGCCGCGCAAUCCAAGGCCAAGCCCCGGGAGGCGCAUCGACAGGACUUGAGGGUGGAUGGUUUCGAGGCGGGACUGCUGGAGCAGCUGAAGUGGAUACAGAGGGUCCCCGAGGCGCCCACGUACAGGCCGUCGGCCGCCGAGUUCGAGAACCCCAUCGCGUACAUCAGGUCGAUCGAGCCCAAGGCGUCGAAGACCGGAGUCUGCAAGAUCAUUCCUCCCCCAAAUUUCGUGCGGUCUCUCACCCUGGACGAGGACUUCGAAUUCACCGUGAGGCAGCAAAAGUUGAGGGAGCAUCAGUGGGAUGAUUUCGGACCCAACGACUUACUUUUCGAUCUCGACAGGACAUACACGGUGGCUCAGUUUCGCGAGCGAGCUCUCCUGUUCUCCCAAAGGGAGAUAGGAACAAACAGCAGGAUCCCUACAAAUGUGCUGGAGGCAGAGUACUGGCGUCUGCGGAAGGAUAUGACCCGCACGCUGUACGUCGAAUACGGCAAUGACCUUGAAGGAACAGCAUUCAGCCGACCCAGCAAAAGGAAAGGCGCAAAAAGGGGCCUCUCUGACACUCGGUGGAAUUUGGGGGUUCUAGGAAAAGACAAGGGAUCCCUCUUGAAGCACGUGACCGGCGAGCUUCCCGGCAUCACGUCGCCGAUGCUGUACAUUGGAUCCGCUUUCGCCGCAUUCUUUUGGCACGUCGAAGACCACUACAUGCAUUCCAUCAACUACAUGCACGGAGGCUCGGCGAAGACCUGGUACGGCGUGCCCUCCAGAGGAGCGGAUGCUUUCGAGAAAGCCGCUUUCGAGCGGGUUUUCAAGCGGGCCAUGGAUGGGCUGAGGGCACUGGGGAAGAGCGAGGCCGAGGUGACGGCAGCUGCCAAGCGCUUUCUCUUGAGGAAGACGACGAUGUUCACGGUGAAGCAUCUGGUUGAUGCAGGGGUGCCCGUGUUUCGAGCCGUGCAGAACGCCGGCGAGUUCGUCGUCACAUUUCCAAGGGCGUACCACGGAGGCUUCUCACACGGCUUCAACGUUGGGGAGGCCGUCAACUUCGCAAUCCCCGACUGGUUUCCGCUGGGCCGCAAGGCGCUGGAGCGAUACUGCGACAUUAGCGCGAAUCACAUCAUUCCCCAUGAAGAGCUCUUGUGCAGAGAGGCGGUGGCGCUCGGCGAGGUGCUUUGUCGGAAGAAGAAAGCCAAGCCCGCCCCACACCAACAGAUCAUGAUGCGAGAGUUCAUCAACUUCAUGGAGAGGCACCGACGCUCCACGCAGAGAUUCAAGAAGGCAGGCGCCCAGGCCAAGUCCACCACAUUUCCUUGCGGCAGCAUCAAGUGUUCCCAGUGUGGGCGCGGGUGCUACCUUAGUCUUGUGUAUGCCCCUGGCUUGGACCGGCCGCUCUGCAUUGCCUGUGCGCAUGCAAAAGCCGAGUGCCAGGUAGUGAAGGCUGUGGCAAUGCGGCUGUACACAAGAGCGGAGCUGCCCAUCUUCUACAGGGUAGCCGGGAGCUUCAUUUCGACACUGGUGAAGUGUGAGCGCACGGCGCCAUCCAGGGCACCCGAUGGCCUCAUGAACUCAAGGAGGGCCAAGAGAAGAAAGCUGACACAGCAUGGUGAUGCCAAGCCUGCUGCCCAGAGGCAGCCACAGGCCCACAAGCCCACCAAGGACAAGCACACUGUCACUUGUCCCCAGGAACAAGUGACAGAACAUGCCACAAGGAAGAGGCCCUUGGAGGGACCUGCGACGGCAGCCUGUCCUCAACCCACAGAGGCAGGGACCAGCACCUGCAGCCAGGUAUGCAGGGGCCAGGGCAAGCGGCGAAGGGCUGCAGCAGGGCAGGAUGCUGGGGUCGAGGAUGUGUGGGUCAACACAAAGGAGGAUCCCCUAGAGGAGGUCGGCCGUAGCCAGGGGCGGGGUGUGGAUGGGAGGCGCUUUCCCCGCCGGGUGCUCGCCAAACGUGGCAGACCGGAGGAGUGCUACUUGCUCGCCUCCGAGGUCCUCAAGGCAACGGGGAAGGUAAAGGGUGAGGAGCAGGAUGGCCAGGCAGCCCUUAGGGAACAGCUAGAGCUGUGGCCGCACUUCAGCAUAAUGUACAGCGACCCUCCCAUGCCCAGAGUGCGGUGGGCCUAUGUGAGUGACAGCCCCGGCGAGGCUGCAAAAGGGGUGGUGGUGCUCAGCAGCGUGGAGGCUGAAGUGCUGUCCACCAUUUACUGCGGGAAAGACUUUCUGGCCCUAGCAGAUUUCGUGUCAGAUGUGUACCCGGACUGGACUCUUUUGUUGCACAGGAGGGUGGUGGUGUAG